AGUCAGGAGAGCACCGGCCGUGUGACUUGUAGAGUUUUGCGCGAAUGAAAAGUAUUAACGCAGAACUUGCCACGGAACAAUAUUAACUUAUAGAAUAUUGCUUGUGAGUGACACCCACCGAACAGCUGUCGCUAAUAAUAGAAUUUACACUAAAACCUUGGUCAUAAAAAUCCCAGGCGCCCUAAAUUAUAUAUUGUUAGCGAGGCUUUGAGAAUAGAUAAUGCCACGACUUUACUGCUAAAGCAGAAUAGUGUUUAACAACUAUUACACGCUGCUUAAGGUAAAUGGACGUCUACACGGGUGCAUUAGUUUCGGGCACUUGACUUGAACCGGGAGAUAAACAAAACUACAACUCCCAUAUCGAAGCAACUUAAAUGUUUCGGAAGUAAUAUUAGAUGGCUGAAGUUAGAGUGCGCGGCAGAAUGUAGUUUGCUUGAUCUCGCAUCAAAGUACUGUAGUGGUGACGUAUUACAUGUUAAAAUGGUUGUUUUAUACAGACGGUGACUAAGGCGUUAGCUUUAGCAUCGUAUUCCUUGAGUGUACAUGCGUCGACUCGGCUGGCUUCAGCUGGUCUGACAGCUCCAGAGAAGCUGAACUGUAACGGGUGAAACUACAAAAUAUAAACAUUUCAACGGCAUAUUUGCACCUACCCGCACAGCCGUUUCGUUGCUAGAACAGUUGUUCCUGGUGGCUGGCGGAUGGAAGUAAAGGUGGAAGUUGGUGGCCAAGUCAGUGUGUAGUAGGCUACAAGAAGCUGCCUUCAUUGAGCUAUGUGGCAGCACCCGACAGGAGGGGGCGGCCAUGGGCGCCGUACAACAGGCUGAUUGUCCCCGGCUUCUUCAGUCGUACAGUGGGUGGCAAGCAUAGAGCAGAUAUUUCGCAGGUAGCUGUUGUCUUACUCAUGUGUUUACACCGGACAUUAGUCAAAUGGACGUGUUCCUUCUGUACUGGUGCCGGGUCAGCUUUCCAUGAUGCCAGGUUGUGAACAGUGGUGCUAUUGACUUCCAGCAGCAGUAAACGAGCAGAAGUCCAGUCACCGGAGGAAGGACAAGGCAGCACUUUGGAAAGUUAACAUUACUCACCUUGAUUUAUGCUCACAAAAGUGUGAAGGAACUUGAGGGUGAGUUGAAAACAUUCAACAUACUGUGACUGGUGAAGGAUUAUGUGAGAUUAUUACUGGACAACCAGUGUUGAAAGUUUAGCUGUUUAGGACACUGUACUCAAAUUUAGGUUAUCUGCUGGAAUCCAAUCACUUGACAUGCCCAGUCAAGUCAAAUGCACCUAGCAAGUCACCAAGGUGUUAUUAGGCAAUCUAGGCCAGCAGCAGCAGUGUGCACAGCUGUUGUUUAAACUGACCAGCAGUAACCACACCUUACCUAAAUAUUAAAAGAUAAUGCUUCAAUUGUAUUGAAACACAGGCUAAUGACUUAUAUACUUACUUUGUAUCACCCCAUGUCCAGGCCUUUUGCUCUCUAUAAAUCCACACACUCCAGUCAAGAGUGAAUAGGUGCUUUGGAUGCAGGCUGUAUGUUUACUGCUGUGCCUUGGCCUGGUUGUGGUCUCUGCUGUGAGACAACCAGGCAAGGUGGUCCAACAUGUCAUCAAGCGGAAUCGCAGGAGUGGUGCCACGCAUGGCCACGGCUGGUUGGCCAGCAACUGCAAGUGGUUGGCAAGCCUCCGAUACCGAAAAGAUGUGAUCGUCCAUAAGCUGUCAGCUGCCGCGGCUGCUGUUGAGAAGGACCAAACCCUUUCAGAAAAGGAACGGAACUUCCAGGUUCACAAAAUGGAAGUUUUCCAGAAAGAGUUGAAUGAGAGCGAGCAUAUGGUGUUCCAGGCUGUGCAAAGCCUGCAGAGGGUGCUGCAAGGAGACUACAAGGAUGUGGUGAACAUGAAGCAGAGCAGCAGGCAGAGGUUGGAGGUGCUCAGAGCUGCAGCUAUACAGGAGGAGCAGGAGUAUGUUGAACUGGUGGCGGCAGAGAAACACCAACAGGAGGCUGUAAAGAGCGUGCUUGCUCGGAAUAAAACUCUGUCCAUAGUAGACGGGAUCCUGGAGGAUGUCAGGAAGGCAGCAGACCGGCUAGAAGAAGAGAUUGAAGAGCAUGCUUUUGACAACAACAAGCAGAUGCAAGGAGUGAACAUAGAGGCGGUGCUGAGAGUGGAGGAUGACGAGGAGAAUGGAGGCAAGAGGAAGAACAAGUCCAGUGAGAGGGAAGUGGAAGAUGACCUGGGACUGAGCAUGCUCAUUGACUCGCAGAACAACCAGUAUGUGCUGACCAAACCCAGGGACUCCACCAUGCCAAGAGCAGACCAUCAUUUUAUCAAGGAUUUGGUGUCGGUGGUGAUGUUGUCACUGCCUUGUGGUUGGAUGUGCACUCUGGUAGGUCUUCCUCCCAUGUUUGGGUAUAUCAUCUGCGGUGUCCUGCUUGGACCGUCUGGCCUCAACAGCAUCAAAUCUAUGGUCCAAGUGGAGACUCUGGGAGAGCUGGGAGUAUUCUUUACCCUCUUUGUUGUAGGACUGGAGUUUUCACCUGAGCGCCUUCGGAAGGUAUGGAAGACAUCGGUGCAGGGUUCCUGCUACUUGUGUCUGCUCAUGGUUGUUAGUGGUUUGUUAUGGGGACAAGUGCUGCGCAUCCGACCCACCCAAACUGUCUUCAUUUCCACGUGUCUGUCCCUGUCGAGCACCCCACUAGUGUCUCGCUUCUUAGCAGGAGGGAGCAAAGGAGAGAAGGAAGGUGACCUGGACUACAGUAGUGUACUGCUCGGGACUUUAGUGAUGCAAGACGUUCAGCUCGGCCUCUUCAUCGCUGUCAUGCCCACUAUGAUCCAGGCUCAGAGUGGAGACACAGACAGCUUCCUGUUUGGAAGUCUCCACGUGCUGUAUCUCCUGGCACAGGUCCUGGUGUCUCUGGCUGCUGUGCUGCUCCUCUGUGCCUUACUCAGAUCGUUUAUGGUUGGCCCCUUUUACAAGAAACUACAUGCUGAGAGCAAAGGCAAAAAGGAGAUCCUAGUGCUGGGGAUAGCAGCGUUUGUUUUUUUUAUGCUAUCGGUAACAGAAGUUCUGGGUGUUUCGAUGGAGUUAGGCUGUUUCCUGGCUGGAACGUUGCUGUCUUCCCAGGGUCACAUGGUCACUACAGAGGUCAUGGGAUGCUUUGAGCCCAUUCAAGAUUUCCUCGCCAUCAUCUUCUUUGCCUCUAUCGGUCUCCAUGUGUUCCCUACAUUUGUACUCUAUGAACUCACCAUUCUGGUGGCACUGACACUCACACUAGUCAUCCUGAAGUUCAUGAUGGCCGUGCUGGUGCUGUCUGUGAUCUUACCUCCCAGCUCUCGUCACAUUCGCUGGGUUGUCUCAGCUGGUCUGGCGCAGGUCAGCGAGUUUUCUUUUGUCCUCAGCAGCCGUGCGCGACGUGCAGGCAUCAUCUCUAGAGAGGUGUACCUGCUGGUUCUAAGCGUUACCACCCUCAGCCUGCUGCUGGCACCAGUCCUGUGGAGAGUUACAACGCACAGAUGGGUGUCACGAGCUGUCCUAUGAGCAGCCUCGGUUUAGGACUAGAUGUUUGUGAGAGGUGGGAAAACCAACAGCAUUUAGCGUAAUUUGCACAAUUUGUUUGGAAGCAGAGCAGAAAGUUAAAUGUUCAUUUUAUAAUCUGUAUGACACCUUUUGGAGUUUAAAAUACAGAACCUGCAGUUGCCUGUAUGUUGUCACUGGGACUAAUAGGACUUCUCUGUUCCCUUUCUUUUAUUGGUCAGUGCUGCAGGAGAUUUCUGUAGCUUAUCAUUUUGGCUAGAAGAUGGUUGAUAAGGUCACAGACUGCAGAUGAGACUGACUGUACUGUACUUUAUACUGUUCAAGAAUGAGGAAGCCUAUUUAUUGUACUCAUGUUGCAAUAAUUAAUGUUUGUUUCAAGUUUUUAUGAUGUGUUACAAGUGUAACUUCCAUCAUUCAUACUUCUCCCUUAGCUGAUAUUAGCAGCCCAGUAAUGUUUUCGAGAAUAAUUCAACACAGAAAAAUUUUUUGUUGUUGGGUUUAUUUUGAGGACAAACAGGACAUGAUGUCAUUGACGUAUUCCUGUGGAUGUAUGUUUGUAUAUCCAAAAAGUACAUCCUCUCAUGCAUUUUGCUGUCCUGCACAUAAUGUACAUGAGUGAAGAGUGGGGAUUUACUGUAUACCGAGUGUGUUAACUCCCUUAUGUGUCAUGGCCUUUUCUGUGUUAAUCAUGCAGACCAAACUUAUUCUCCUCUUUUUGUCGUAAAAUUGUUCACUUUGGCUUGGAUUAACGUUUAAGUCCAAAUUGUGGAGUGCAAAAAAAAUCCUUUUACAUUUUAUGAGUGAUCGUAUUUUUUUGUAUUGUGUCCUGCCAUCACUUUUUGCACAGGUGUAUUGUUUCCAGGGACCACCCAUGAUCAUUCCGUGCUCUAUACACUGUAAAAAAAAAAAAAAAGGCAGAGAUUUGUUUGUUUUAUCUGAAAUAUAUAUAUAUAUAUAUGAAUAUAUAAUCUUACAUCAUGACUGCUGUGUUUAGUAGAUGAUGUUCAUUGUCAUUACUGUAAUACUGUGGCUGGAAUGGCACAUUCAAGUACUGUAUUACCAAAGCAUUCCCUUAUUAUGUACUGGAGUUGAUGUUGGACUCUUUAAACUUUGCUCCACCUGUUCAUGAUCAUGGGGAAAUAUUCUUGCACUAGUUACCACUGAGUACCAAAUUCAUGUGCCUGCUCAACUUUGCUGCUUCGCAUACUGCCAGUCAGCUCUUUGUUGGCAUUAUGUGGUGUAAAUGUCAUCUAUAUAUGUUCUGUGUGUAAUGAACUUUAUGAUAUUUUCAGCAAUACAAACUUUAUAUAUUUCUGUUGCCAACCUUCACAUGGGGAGGAAUUCUUUUUGUCAUGUAUUUAUUAAACAGA